GGGAGGGGGUGUGCGGGGGGACGGAGCGCGGAGCAUCUCUCGCGGGCGCCGCCGCCGCCGUGAGGCGCCGCUCCCGUCCCCGCUCCUCCCGCUCGCUGUGUGCGCGCCCUCCGCCGCCGACCGGCCCUCGUCCCCCCCCCGCCAUGUCGUCCCCGUCGUCCGGGGAGCGGUACGAAGAGGAGGAGGAGGAGGACGGCGCCUACGAGAGCCAGGCCAAGCGGCUGAAGCCCAGCGCCGCCGCGGCCGUCGCCGAGGAAGGCGAGAUCGAGUACAGCGGAGCCGAGGAGGGCGAGAGCCGGCGGGACAAGGCCCCCCCGCCGCGGGGGGGCGGCUUCUCGGGCGGGGAUGCAGGGGGAAGUCAUCACAAAGUCUCUGUUUCUCCUGUCGUCCAUGUCCGAGGGCUGUGUGAAUCCGUUGUGGAAGCUGAUCUUGUGGAAGCUCUUGAAAAGUUUGGAACCAUAUGUUACGUCAUGAUGAUGCCAUUUAAGCGCCAGGCUCUGGUGGAGUUUGAAAACAUAGAAAGUGCCAAGAAAUGCGUAACGUUUGCAGCAGAUGAACCUGUGUACAUUGCUGGACAGCAAGCCUUUUUCAACUAUUCGACAAGUAAGAGGAUUACUCGGCCAGGGAACACAGAUGACCCAUCUGGUGGAAAUAAAGUUCUCCUGUUGUCAAUUCAGAACCCUCUCUACCCAAUUACAGUGGAUGUCUUGUAUACUGUGUGCAACCCUGUUGGGAAAGUUCAGCGCAUUGUGAUAUUCAAGAGGAAUGGAAUACAAGCUAUGGUUGAGUUUGAAUCAGUUUUUUGUGCCCAGAAGGCAAAGGCAGCACUCAAUGGAGCAGAUAUCUAUGCAGGAUGCUGUACACUAAAAAUUGAAUAUGCAAGGCCAACUCGACUUAAUGUCAUUAGAAACGACAACGAUAGUUGGGACUACACUAAACCGUAUCUGGGCCGACGAGACAGAGGGAAGGGCCGCCAGAGGCAAGCUAUUUUGGGAGAGCACCCAUCGUCAUUUAGACAUGAUGGUUAUGGGUCACAUGGUCCCUUGUUGCCAUUACCAAGCCGCUACCGAAUGGGAUCUCGAGACACUCCAGAACUUGUUGCUUAUCCAUUGCCCCAGGCAUCCUCCUCAUACAUGCACGGUGGAAAUCCUUCUGGUUCAGUUGUCAUGGUUAGUGGAUUGCAUCAGCUAAAGAUGAACUGUUCAAGGGUCUUCAACCUGUUCUGCUUGUAUGGAAACAUUGAGAAGGUGAAAUUUAUGAAGACAAUUCCAGGCACAGCACUGGUUGAAAUGGGUGAUGAGUAUGCUGUAGAAAGAGCUGUCACACAUCUCAACAAUGUCAAGUUAUUUGGAAAGAGACUUAAUGUCUGUGUUUCCAAGCAGCAUUCAGUAGUUCCAAGCCAGAUAUUUGAACUGGAGGAUGGCACGAGUAGUUACAAAGAUUUUGCAAUGAGUAAGAAUAAUCGUUUCACCAGUGCUGGCCAAGCAUCUAAAAACAUCAUCCAACCACCCUCUUGUGUGCUGCAUUAUUAUAAUGUUCCCCUGUGCGUAACUGAAGAAACGUUUGUGAAGCUAUGUGAGGAUCAUGAAGUUCUCAGCUUUAUUAAAUACAAAGUGUUUGACCCAAAACCCUCUGCCAAAACACUCUCUGGUCUGUUGGAAUGGGAAUGUAAGACAGAUGCAGUUGAAGCUCUCACUGUACUUAAUCACUACCAGAUAAGAGUCCCAAAUGGCUCUAACCCUUAUACCUUGAAGCUUUGCUUCUCUACUUCAUCGCAUUUAUAGAGAAGAGGACUGCAUGUUAAGAGCUGCAUUCACCUUGAUUUGCAAGUUUGAAACUACACUUCGUUCACAAAGCUCUAAAGUGGUUGCUCUAAUGUUGCCUUGUUUCGACUUAAUUCUAAUAUCUUUUAUCUUGUUUUAUAAUAAAUGGAUGUUCCUUCAUAAAAUACUAAACAGAUUUUUUUUCUUUUUGCCUCUAAGAAAUACAUGUUGUAAGCUUACUACAAAGUCUGUCUUUCAUUAGUGUAGUAUCUUCAGAUCUCUAAAGAAACACCAGUAGCGUAAACAAGGCGGUGUACCAUUCAGACCUUAAAAUGUCCAUUGUUUUCUUCCAAAAUUGAAAUAUAUUUGCGUUUUCGAUGAUGUUAAAGAUUAGCAAGUAUUUUUCCAUUUGUAGUCUUAAUUGGCAAAGAGAACUGUUACAUCAGAAUUUUAAACGUAGAACUUGUUUUUCAGUAUGUUAAGUGGUGAAGUAUGUUGCAAUUCUAAAAAGCUUGUAUUUAUAAAGCGCUUUAAUCAGGUUAAUGUUGCACAUACUGAAUUUUUAGUAGUGUAGACUUACUUGAUUUAUAGUUCAGACAAAGCUAAUAUAGAGAAUUAUUAAUUGUACAUGUGUAUGGUGUGAAUUCAUACUUAUUUAUAGUGUUUUUUUAAAAAAAACUAUUUUCAGUUUGCAUUAGCAUGAUGGCAUCUAUAGCUAGUCCCACCAUAGGGGCCUUUUUAAAAUUAAAAUUGCAAGCUUGUAUCAGUGUGUUCAUCCUCAUUUUCCAUAACUUAAAUUUAAAUCUUGGUGUUUAACAUAUCCUUUUUGAAUUUUUUUAAGUAGUUAUUAUGACUUAUUAAAUGGUAAAAGUUGGAUAUAUGAGAACAGAAGAUUAUUCACAAUAGAGAUCAAGGUGGUGGAAAAAGUUAAAACAAAAAGCAAGCCCCACCAUACCUGGAUUGUUGAUUUCAUUUACACCGGAUUCUUCUAUCAAUGUUUGCUUUUGUCUGAUUUAUCUUACACUUUUGUUAUGAUGAUGGAUGGAUUCAUAGGGUGAAUAGACUUAACUUGUCUCUCACUUAAACUGAGGUUGUCUCUGUGGGGUUCAGAUAAUAUAACCCUAAUCACGUGAUGUGAAACCAUUGAGAUAAGAAAUCUUUCACUUUGGGGAAGAUGAUUUAUUUGUGUCCCAGUACUUCGGCACCUCAGUUCUCUCUUCUAGAACUGAAGUUGCAUCUUGUUUGGGCCCAGCCCCCAGAAAUAGGAAUCCAAGCAGGAAGCCUGGGAGCUCUUGUCCCAGGCCUUGUGCUUGUUCCCCUUUCUGAAUUUGCAGCAAAGUGUUUAGUGCCUCUUUUAGUUCCGCUCUUAGUGAUCAAAAUAAUCUGAUCAGGUGUUUUCUUUUAUCACACAAGUCCUUCAUUCUGUCUUUAUGGAUUUUAUCAGUAUCCAUCCUUUAUGCAAAAUUAUAUUAGUGCAGUAUGCUUGUCCUUGAGAAAGUAUGUUGCAGUAUGUUUACAGACUGUGGGCAUUGCACAUGUUUUUAAAUACAGACUAGAUUUUCCCUGUUUUUAAUUUCAAGGCAAAUACGUGUAAUGAUACCAGGGAAAUGUCAGCUGUUCUUCAGGUUUUCCCAUCACCUAUGAUUCAUUUUCAUCCUGUCUGCCUCCAUUUUAUUCAUGUUCCAGGUAAUGAGUAUUUCAGGAGUUCAAAGCAGGCUUCUAAUACACCUGAACUGGGAACUGAAGGACUGCUACUCUUUGGCAACUCUUCCUGCAUAAGGUUUGGAAUAAUACUGGACACUAGUCUGGAAGAUGGCAAACAGACUUGCAUUCUAGUGGCACUGCUAGUGCUCUUUUCAGCCUUAGUGAAACUGCUUCCAGAGAACUCUAGCCUGGAAGGCCAUGUGCCAUAGCCAGCUACUUGCCAAUAGUGCUGGGUACUAGUGUUCUGUGCUGCCUAGUGGUUUAAUUGUGAAAAGUCUCUCCCAGUCAUUCAUUUCUCUUCCAUCACCUUGAAUGUUCUGUGGAAACCCGUUUCUUCUGUCAUAACUUGCAUUGCUAUUUGUAUUAAUGUUGUUUCAGAAGUCAAGUGGUUUAAAGUUAAGCAUUAAAAAUAGUAUGUUAUCUGUUGGUCCAGUUUGGGAUGUAGGAUGUGACCCUAAGAGCAUUCAGGUUUAAAAAAGAAAAAUAAAAAAAAGCACUUUAAUGUUUCUGUAUCCUCAGUGGAUCACAGCAUUCAGUGCCUAAGAUGCUCAGGUGAACAGCGUCUUUCCUGUGGCUGCUCAGAUCAAACUGAAAACAGACUCAUUCUUGGUGUAUCUGAGAGGACGUGUGAUACCAGCUGGAAGUCCCUGUUUUGCAAAAUGAGUAGCCUGUGCCAUGCGGGGAAGAAAAGAGCAGAGACUGAGAAAUUGUUUAACCUUCUUCCUACAUAAAAUAAUCAUCUUCUUCACGUAAAAGUUGAGAACAUGAAAAAUUCCUUGCUGGUCUCUGGCUGUAAAAAGAAAAUAAUGUCAUUUCCUGGGCCCACAAGGAUAGAUAGCUGUCCUCAGGGAGGAAUGAGGUUGGUCUCCUCCUUCUGAAAUUGAGGUCUGUGUUCACCUGUAAUCUUGCUCUUUAGAAUAGAGCCAAAGCAGUGGGCAGGUAAAGAGUUGCUCCAAGGGGAGUGACGUUUGUGUGUAAUUUGGCAGCCUACCACUUACUGUAUUUGUUAGAUUAAAAUUAAAGUACUAAGGUCUCUCAAUGCAGUUUUUUUUGUCCCUUUUGCAUAAGCCAUAUAUGCAAAAUAGUGAACACUGCUAUGCAUAUUUCUUGCUUGCAAGCAGCUUGCAUUCACGAUGUAAUAUAUUCACAUCUGUUCCACUGUUUAAAAAAAAAAAAAAAGGUUAUUUUUUCUAAUUGAUCACCUUUCAUUGGAAGUAAAUGAUACAUUGAGGUGGAGAUCUGUUAAUCUUCUCUCACGAUACUCUAAUCUUUCUUUGUACUUAUUUCCCCUUACAUGCAAGAAUUGGGAAGAGUUGCUUUUUGACUUUCUAUACCACCACAGCAAGAUGGAGUGUAUCACUAGGGUGAUAUGAGAAAAGAUUUCAAAGAAACCAUUCAGGAAACGUUCGGGUGUUUUACUUCAUGAAAGGAAUGAUACAACUUAAUGUGAUGUUGCUAAUUCUGUCUUUUAGCAGGGGAUGUUUGGGGUAAGCUGGCUUGUAACUGGCUGAAACCCUCUAUUGUAAUUAAAUGCAACUUGCUCCUUUUCCUGCUGUGUGUUUCCUUGUGAACAGAACUUGAAUUUGUUUGAAUAUUAUGAUGUCUUAGCAGGAGACAUUCAGUCUCUUCUUUUAAAUAAUACAUUGGAGUCUGAGAACACAAA